GAACUUCGUUUUCUUGUCUAGAGACGCCCAUGUUUCGCGUGAUCACCUCCCCCAUCCUCUGAAGAAGAUUGGCAACAAUCAUGGCAACUGUUCUCAACGUGACGAUUCACGGCGAUCCCUGUCGCAUCUACCACCCGGCCGACAAAAUCACAGGGACCGUCUAUCUUACAACAUCCUCUCAGGAAGAAUUCAAGCAACUAAAGCUCAAUUUCCGAGGACAAUGCAAAACGACGACGACAAGACCAUACUAUGUCUCCGGCAACGAGCACUCACUGGCGUCCCGUAAGAUGCUGAAGGAGACUGUCACACUUUUUGAUCAAGAAAAAGUUCUUUUCCAGGGGCCCUACAAGAUGUCUCCCACUCAACACGAAUGGCAUUUCGAGUACACGUUCCCGUCGAAAAGCGAAACAACGUACCAAAAGGCGGUCAAAUCGGCAUAUUAUAACAAGCACCCGCACGACCUACCACCAUCCUUCCGCUGCUUGACUGAGUCUUACAGGGGAGAAGGAUACGUUCAUUAUAGCAUUGAGGCUACACUCGUCCGUGGGAGUUUCAAGUCUGAGGUCAGAAAUCUUCGAUACCUCCUAUUCCGGCGAAGGAGUGAACGGCCGACCCCUGCGAAGUCGCACCCCAAUGUUCUCGAAAGUCAGCAAAUUCAAAUGCACGAGGACUUCAGGCCGCGUGUGGACAAGUUUGGAAAAGCUAUACAUUACAGCACUCUGCCAGUUCCAACUUCAGUGAAAUUUACCCCUACUUUCUAUGCGCCAAAAGCAGUAGCACCCAAACAGGUCAUCGACCUAGGCCUAUCGAUCAAGCAGAUCCAAGAUCAGGUCAACUGUAAUGACACCGAGAUCUUCACCGUCGACCGUCUGAGAGUAGAGCUCUUGACGACAACAAGAGUAGCAUGCAGAGGCGUACUCUCACAGACCCAAGACGUCGUCACAAGAUCAGUCACAUGCGUCGACAGAAAGCUCCCCGGCAUCUCCAUCCCCAUCGACGACACGCCCAUCGCCCUGACGCGCGGCUUCCGCCUCACAGACAACAACGAAGCCUCACCCUCAUUCAAAUCCUACUCCAUCAGCCGCAUCUACCAAAUCAACAUCAACAUCUGGCUGCGCUGGCGCGACCAGACAUUCCGCCUCAGCACCAGCAUCGAACUCGACAUCCUCCCCCGCUACGACCCGCCUCCUCCCCGCCGACAGCGACGCAGCGUGGACGCCGAGCUCGUCGAUCCGCUCCCGCUCUACACGAGGACGGAGCAUGCGCCCGCGUACGAGGAGGUUGCGCCGGCGCUCGCGAGAGAUGUCAGAGAGCAGCGCCUCUUGUUUGAGCGCACGUUCAGCGAGUCGCAGCGGGACGCUUUGCUUGGGGCUACCUCGUCGUCGUCGUCGUCGUCGUCGUCGGGCGACGAUUCCAGUGCUGCGGAUGAGUCGAGCGAUGACUUGUACACGUCCGACGAAGGGUCUGCCACACCCCCUACGCCGUUUCUAUCGCGCGUCAGCUCUGCAGUCAUUGCUUCGAGGUCGAGCACAGGCUAAGUCGACGAGCCCCGAUUAGUUUAGGGUUUUCGCCUCGAGAAAAGUCAAAAUGCAUGCUCGCUCAAGCUGGGCGCGCUCCAAGAGGAAGCUUCAUCCUGGGCAGCACAAGUCGACGUGGAACAUUCAACAUGAACGCAGUCCUGCAUUAUCAAAUAACCGCGUCAUUCCCACUCUCCGUCGUCAGCAGCCAGAGUCGUAUCAAAGGGGCAUCCCAUCAAUCCACCUCACCAGCACCGGCAGUCCCCUCUCUACCGACGAACGAUCGACCAUCGUCCAUCGUCCAUCGUCCAACCACCAAAUAUGUCCCU